AUGAAUGAAGACCUGAAGGUUAAUUUAAGCUGGCUGCCUCAGAAUCAUUUAGAUGCCAGUUCUCCGGAGAAUGUCUCAGCUGCAGUUUCCUCCCAGAUUCCCGUCAUAGAACCAGAGCCAGAGCUCAUAGUAAACCCCUGGGACAUUGUUUUAUGUACUUCAGGAACCCUCAUCUCCUGUGAAAAUGCCAUUGUGGUCCUUAUAAUUUUCCAUAAUCCCAGCCUGCGUGCACCCAUGUUUCUCCUGAUAGGCAGCCUGGCACUCGCAGACCUAUUGGCAGGGAUUGGAUUGAUCAUCAAUUUUAUUUUUGCCUACCUGCUUCAGUCAGAAGCCACCAAGCUGGUCACGAUAGGACUGAUUGUCGCCUCUUUCUCAGCCUCUGUCUGCAGCUUGCUGGCUAUCACUGUUGAUCGUUACCUCUCGCUGUAUUAUGCUUUGACUUACAAUUCCGAAAGGACUGUCACAUUUACCUAUAUCAUGCUUAUAAUGCUCUGGGGAGCUUCUAUCUGUCUCGGACUGCUGCCUGUCAUGGGCUGGAACUGCCUCAAAGAUGAAUCCACUUGCAGUGUGAUCAGACCUCUCACUAAGAAUAAUGCCGCUAUCCUCUCUGUCUCCUUCCUGCUCAUGUUUGCUCUCAUGCUCCAGCUAUACAUCCAGAUCUGUAAGAUUGUAAUGAGGCACGCCCAUCAGAUUGCCUUGCAGCACCAUUUCCUGGCCACAUCGCAUUAUGUGACCACCCGGAAAGGAGUCUCUACUCUGGCUAUCAUUUUGGGGACCUUUGCUGCUUGCUGGAUGCCUUUCACCCUCUAUUCUUUGAUAGCUGAUUACACCUAUCCCUCUAUAUACACUUAUGCUACCCUUCUUCCAGCUACCUACAAUUCCAUCAUCAACCCUGUGAUAUAUGCCUUCCGAAAUCAAGAAAUACAGAAAGCUCUCUGGCUUAUUUGCUGCGGCUGCAUCCCUUCCAACCUCUCCCAGAGAGCCAGGUCGCCCAGUGAUGUGUGA